UUGCGCGGCAGAGGCUUAACUUGGGCUCCAAACUGAGAGGUUCAGGAGACGAAGAGGUACGCAAUGUUCGGAGGCAGGAGGUGCAGGUUAGACAUCAGAGGGAUAAGGUGAUGAUGGAUGUUUCAUUUAACGUGGACCUAUGUCUCUCCCAAAUGACAAACCGGACAUGAUUCUAACACCUUUUAAACCAAGACCUUUUAAACCAUGUGGAAUAUGAUGUACUUGAAUGCCAUUACGUUUUUGUGUUUUUCUAUUUUACUGAAUGAUGCAUUCAUUUCUGCCAGUAAUGUAUUCGAGAGGUCAGCAGUUCCUAAAGCUGGUUCCUCACGUCUGGUGGCCAGAAUGGACGGGGACAUUAUAAUUGGUGCCCUGUUCUCGGUCCAUCACCAACCAUCGACAGAGCAGGUAGCGGAGAGAAAAUGCGGGGAGGUUAGGGAACAAUACGGAAUCCAGCGAGUAGAAGCCAUGUUCCACACCUUGGACCGGAUCAACUCUGACCCAAACCUCCUGCCCAACAUCACGCUGGGGUGUGAGAUCAGGGACUCCUGCUGGCACUCCUCGGUGGCUCUGGAGCAGAGUAUUGAGUUCAUCAGAGACUCCCUCAUCUCCAUUCGGGACGAUGACAACAAGGAUGGUACCUCCAGACAGUGGUGCAUUGAAGGGACACCUUCCAGUCAGCUACCCACUACCAAGAAACCCAUAGCAGGGGUCAUUGGCCCUGGGUCAAGUUCAGUGGCUAUUCAAGUACAGAACCUCCUGCAGCUGUUCAACAUCCCCCAGAUAGCAUAUUCUGCAACUAGCAUAGAUCUGAGUGACAAAACGCUCUUCAAGUAUUUCCUUAGGGUUGUUCCAUCUGACACUCUCCAAGCCAGAGCCAUCCUGGACAUUGUCAAACGUUAUAAUUGGACCUAUGUGUCAGCAGUGCAUACAGAGGGUAACUAUGGAGAGAGCGGUAUGGAGGCAUUUAAGGAGCUAGCCUCUCAGGAGGGCCUGUGUAUUGCCCAUUCAGAUAAGAUCUAUAGCAACGCUGGGGAGAAACACUUUGACAGGCUGCUGAGGAAGCUGAGGGAACGUCUGCCUAAGGCCCGCGUGGUUGUCUGUUUCUGCGAGGGCAUGACGGUCCGUGGGCUGCUCAUGGCCAUGAGGCGACUUGGGGUGGCCGGAGAGUUUCUUCUCGUUGGCAGUGAUGGUUGGGCGGACAGAGAUGAGGUGGUUGAGGGCUAUGAGCAGGAGGCUGUGGGUGGUAUCACUGUGAAGCUACAGUCAGAGGAAGUCACAUCCUUUGAUGACUACUAUCUGAAGCUCCGUCUCGACACCAACACCAGGAACCCAUGGUUCCCUGAGUUCUGGCAGCACAGGUUCCAGUGCCGCAUCCCAGGGCACCCGCUGGAGAACACAAACUACAGGAAAAACUGCUCAGAUGAUCUAGAGCUCCAAGAUGGUUAUGAAAGUCUGGAGGACAACUAUGUCCAGGACAGUAAGAUGGGCUUCGUCAUCAAUGCCAUCUAUGCCAUGGCCCAGGGUCUGCACGACAUGCACAGCCACCUGUGCCCCGGUCAUGUGGGACUGUGUGAAGCCAUGGACCCCGUCGAUGGAAGCCAGCUGUUGGAGUUCCUCAUGAGGACCUCCUUCACUGGGGUCUCUGGGGAAGAUGUGUGGUUCGACGAGAACGGGGACACGCCUGGCAGGUAUGAUAUAAUGAACCUUCAGUAUGUGGAACCUGGUGACUUUGACUACAUUAACGUGGGCUCGUGGCAUGAGGGGCAGCUCAGCAUCGAUGACUACAUGAUCCAGAUGAACCGCAGUGACAUGGUCCGCUCGGUCUGCAGCGAGCCCUGCUCCAAGGGGGAGAUCAAGGUGAUCAGGAAGGGUGAGGUGAGCUGCUGUUGGAUCUGUACCCCUUGUAAAGACAAUGAGAUUGUCCAGGAUGAGUUCACCUGUAAGGCCUGUGACCUGGGCUGGUGGCCGGACUCAGAACUUGAAGGUUGUGAGCCCAUCACCUUGCGAUAUCUGGAGUGGGGGAACCCCGAGUCCAUCGUCCAGGUGGUGUUCGCAUGCCUGGGCAUUUUGGUCACCUCCUUCGUCACCUUCAUCUUCGUCCUGUUCCGAGACACGCCUGUGGUCAAGUCCUCCAGCCGUGAGCUCUGCUACAUCAUCCUGGCCGGGAUCUUCCUGGGCUACAUCUGCCCUUUCACCCUGAUCGCCAGGCCCACUGUGGCCUCCUGCUACCUGCAGCGCCUCCUGGUCGGCCUCUCGGCUGCCAUGUGCUACUCGGCAUUAGUCACCAAGACCAACCGUAUCGCACGCAUCCUGGCCGGCAGCAAGAAGAAGAUAUGCACCAGGAAGCCCCGAUUUAUGAGCGCCUGUGCCCAGCUGGUGAUCGCUGGCAUCCUGGUGAGCAUCCAGCUCACCCUGGAGAUAACCCUCAUCAUCCUGGAGCCGCCCAUGCCCGUCAAGUCCUACCCCAGCAUCCGGGAGGUCUACCUCAUCUGUAACACCAGCACUGUGGGCAUGGUGGCGCCGCUGGGCUACAACGGCCUGCUCAUCAUGAGCUGCACCUACUACGCCUUCAAGACGCGCAACGUCCCGGCCAACUUCAACGAGGCCAAGUACAUCGCCUUCACCAUGUAUACGACGUGUAUUAUCUGGCUGGCGUUCGUGCCCAUCUACUUUGGCUCCAAUUAUAAGAUCAUCACCACGUCCUUCUCAGUGAGCCUCAGCGUGACCGUGGCAUUGGGCUGCAUGUUUUCGCCCAAGAUGUACAUUAUCCUCGCCAAGCCGGAGAGAAACGUGCGCAGCGCGUUCACUACCUCAGACGCGGUGCGCAUGCACGUCGGCGACGGCAAGAUUGCUUGCCGGAGCAACAGCCUACUCAACAUGUUCAAACGGAAGAAGAAUUCAGAGAAUUCUAAUGGAAAGUCUGUGUCAUGGUCUGAACCAGGUGCAAGACAUCAUCCUCCAAAAGGGGAGCACAAUUGGCACAGACUGUCUGUACACGUGAAGAGACAGGAAGCAGGGUGCUCCAAUCAGACGGCCGUCAUCAGACCCCUAACUAACAGCUACCCUAACACAGGCAGCAGCCUGGCCAUGGACUACUCUGACCUCAGCACCAAGACUUUAUACAACGUAGUUGAGGAGGACGAGAGUGACCUAGUCAGAUACAACCCUCCCCAUAGUCACACCACGAUGGCCCAUGGGCAGACAAUGCCCCAUGCCGGUGGGCAGAUGAAAGAGGAGGUCGAGAAGGAGGUGCUUGAAUAUUACCCCGCCCGUGAGCGCAUCCCCCUGCCACAGAGCAGCGUGGCCCCCCAGCCGGGAGUCCUCAUGGAGCGCCGACAGUCGCAGGGCAAUUACAACAAUGAUUUUAUCGGUGAACUGCCGGGCCCUGCGGGUGAUGGCAGCGGUGGGGGUUUUGGGGGCAGGUCUGGUAACGGUCAAGGCUGGCCUGUGUACCACCAGGCUCAUCUUAUCCGGCAGCACGAAGUCCUACCACUGCAACCAGACCACUUCCCCUUUUACGACAAGGAACGCACUUCCCCCAUCCAAAUGGAGGAGGAGGAGGAGGAGGGGGAGGAGAUUGAGGAGGAGGUGGGACAGGAGAUGACUGAGGAGGAGAUCGAGGAGAACGAGCAGUUUGGCCUUCUCCAUGGAUACAUGUACGACAACGCCCUGAUUCACGAAGAAGAGGACGGUGACCUCAUUCAGAUUAAAUUUGCCAUGGAGGAUUCUAUGGCCCUAAUGCCCCCUUCCCCGUUCCGGGAUACAUCGAGCAUGGGGAGUCCCUUACACAAUGCCUCCCCCGUGUCCGAGUCUAUUUUGUGCACCCCCCCAAACUACGCCUCUGUUAUUCUGAAGGACUACAAACAAAGUUCUUCAACACUUUGAAGGAGCACUAUAAAUAUGGUAAAAUAACGUAGCAGACAUUUUGUAGCUGAUGAUCUUUAAUUAUUGUUCAUGUUUCAUGUAAUGACAAGUAAGAAAUGUCUCGAAUAAAAGUCACUGAUUGAUUGAGUGGACUAUAUUGAGUGGACUAUAUUGAAUACUACAAGUGUUUUUGUUUACAGGGACAAUGAAAUUGCAAUAAAAAAAGACAGCACAUCCUUUGUAAAAGGUCUUACUGUUGUAUAAUAAACAUCAUGGAGAGAAAAGACUGAAAUAUUUAACCUGUUGCUAAAUGUAUUUCCAUGUUUCUGCAAUGAUGAAAAACUAUGAACUUAGUCCUUUGGGAAAAGAAAAAGCUGAGAUAGUGUUCUAUAUGUAGCUUAUUGGAGUCAUUUAAGCAGAAGUUUUCAUGGGUAAAUAUUACAACCUCCAAUACAAUAAUGUGUUUGUGACUUGUUUUCAUUUAGACAAACUUCCCCUACUUGAAUGUAGAUGGUUUGUUUAGAAUUAGAAUACUAGACCAUCCAACGUGUAUUUCACUCAAACAGACCUAUUCUAAUAGAAUAAUAUUCUAAUAUAUCAUAAUAUAACCUUACAAUGUAAAAAUAUUCUAGAGGAUUGUGUUUUUUUGUUAUGCUCAGAGCAAGUAUGUAUUAUAUUCUAAAAGGGCAGAUUGUCACAGCCACUGUUUUCAUCAGAUAACCUCAGAAUGAAAAUGUGAUGCAACGACCUACUGUAAGAAUAUAGCAAACAAAACCAGAAUAAUUUUUUAUACAGUAUCCAAUAUGCUUCCAUUAACAGAACUUUUUUUCUCAAGUUUGCAUAUUUUAUAAACUGCCUUCUAAAUCCAUUCAGCAACGGUGUCUAUUAUUAACAUUAUAGCCAAAAUUGUCUGACAAUGUCAUUCGUUUUGUGAAUGUACAGUAUUUGUAUGCAACAUAUUUUGGUGACAAUUCAGAUUAGUUUAACUGAAAGGCAUUUCUACCUGAAGUUCCUUUUACAAAGUAUAAAUGUGUUGCUUAUAGUGCCUGUUGCGUUUGUUUGUACAGUAUAAUUCUUUCCUUCACAAUUCUUUAGGUCUCACUAUAUAACAUGGGCUGUUUAAUAGUUAAAGGUGAAUCUUUUUUUGUUUUAAAUCAAACACUGUAGUUUGGAAAGUCAUUGUUGUUUACAUUAGGAACAUUUAUUUUGGUAGAAUAAAUUAAAUACUUUUUUAGGUGUGUACUGGGUCAUUCAUUGACAGCUUAUUUGUAGCCUGCCAUACACCUGCAGAUAAAAAGAAAGUAUAAGCUAGCAAUCACUGAGAAUUUUUUUGAGUUGUGUUAACUGCAGGAGCAUCAGUUCAGCUAAGCCUAGGGUAUAGCAAAGUAAAAGGGGCCGAUUGUUUAAAUCAGUUUCUACAUUAAAUAAAUAUAAAACUUUAAAAAAAAACAUUGUGUAAUAAAACCUUGAAAUGGAAUGCACCCAAAAUAAAUUCUGGUGUUUGGAAGUUGUUUGAAUGGAAACCCCAAAGUAAGUGUUAAGAGGCAAACAACUUGUAUAAGAGAAUUCAGGUACUCUGAAAUACCCAAAGCGGUUAUUUAAAAUGAAUAUAAUUUUUUUUUAUGUGGUUUCAGUACAUGUAAAAGGCAACAUGAAAAGUUCAAAAUUGUACAUACAAUUUAAUUGUUACAUGGUAAUGGUUAAAAAAGUCUUUAUUUUUAUUGAUGAAAAUUGAUUAUUGAGAAUAUAUCUUUGUGGAAUUAUAGGUGGUUAUCUUGCAUGUAUUGCAAUCAAAUCUCUUGCUUUCCAAGUUGUACAUUUUUCACAGCCAGAUUAACUUCUAUGGAAGUGAACAGCUUUCCAAUCAAAUUUAAGGAGGAUUUAAGAGAGCAAGUCAGACGAUAAGCGUCUGUAGGUCCCAGUAGGUGUACUUUUCCCUUCAGAGUGCACUACUGGACCAGGGCCCAAAGGGACACGCUCUAUAUAUUUCUAUAUGUCCAUACGGUCAGGAGAGGAUUAGGAACAUGUCCAGAGUGUACUACAAGAAGGGCACGGGGUGUUUGUGGUCUUUGACGUGACUAAGACAGAGUGGUUAGAUUCUGCCGCACAGUGGAAGCAUGACCUAAAUAAUAAGUGAGACUGGCCAGCGGUAGCCCCAUCCCUGCUGUCACCCAACAUGUCUGACCCGACAGGGGGAUGCAAGGAGCUGUCUGCCCUCAAGGACAAAUAACGAAAAGAGGAAGGCUUCCUGGGUGACAUGUGAUGUUCCUUUUGACCCUUUUAACACCAAACAAUAUAUUCAUGAAGGUUUAAAGUGUCAAAACAUUGACUUUAAUGUUUAUUCUAUUGUUACUGGCCUUUUCUGUGAUUUAAAGAAGCUUGCAUUGCGCAAGGCUAAAAUAAUAUACAGCAUAUGCUGUUUGUGCAGUUACUAUUUGCCUUCCCUCAUUGUGAAACCUAUGUUCACCCCAAUUUGGUUUGGGGUCUAAUGGAUGUUGUAAUGUUUUGUUUCAAAUGUUUUUAUUAAACACCCAACCAGACUGAAAAUUA